GCCAGCCACCUGAGAUCCCCCUCAACUCCCUCGCAACAAAGACAAGAGUUGCCACUGCGCCCCUCCACGCCGGACGAUAGGCAUAUAUUAGAAUCAUCAUCAUUAUACCAUGAUAUAAAAACAUAUAUACUAUCCAUACAUAUCUGCUGCAAACCACACUCGAUACAGCAUCUCUUCCACCAAACCACACACGACUGCGGCACGCAACACAGCUCCUCCAAGAUGGCGGCCAAGUCCUUCAUCCCGCUGCUCGUGGGCAUGAUGCUGCUCACAGGCUGCUGCAACACUCUAUUCACCAAAUACCAAGACAACCAAUGCGUCUCCAACUGCGACGACCCCGACCCCUCCAACCGCAAACACUUCGAACAGCCCGUCAUCCAAACCGCCCAGAUGUUCAUCGGCGAAAUGGGCUGCUGGCUCGUCGUCGGGAUCUUCUCUCUCUACCAACGCUUCACAGGCGAGCGCGCCGAGGACCAAGGCCCCGAUUACCACGCCAUCAACGAGGAUGACGAGGAUGCGAGGGAUGCGGACGAGGAGAGCCUGCGGAAUCCGGUUGUGAGGGUCCUGACGAAGGAUGCGGAGGGGAGGUUGCCGCUUACGGGGUGGAAGGUGGCGAUGUUGGCGUUGCCGGCUACGUGUGAUAUCCUCGGGACGACGCUUAUGAAUGCGGGAUUCCUGUUUGUGGUGGCGUCGGUGUAUCAGAUGACGAGGGGGAUGUUGGUGAUUUGGGUGGGCAUAUUCAGUGUGGUUUUCUUGAAGAAGAAGUUGUACUUGUUCCAGUGGUGUGCGUUGGCGACUGUGGUGCUGGGUGUUACUCUCGUUGGGCUGGCGGGGUCGCUGCAGGCUGAGGAUGUUACCAAGCCUGCCUCGGUUAUGGAGGGAGCGAAGAAUGCUGCAGUCAUUAUUUCGAGAGUUGCUUCGACACCGGAUGCUAUCAGCACGAUGAUUGGAGUAUUCCUCAUUGCUGGUGCCCAGAUCUUCACGGCCACGCAGUUCGUGUUGGAGGAGUUUAUCCUGGAGAAAUAUGCACUUGAGCCGCUGAGGGUGGUGGGGUGGGAGGGGAUUUUUGGAUUUACGUUCACGGCUUUGGGGAUGCUGGUCCUUCACCUGGCUAUUGGUAGGACGCCGGAGGGGCAGCUGGGGUACUUUGAUGCGGUGGAGGGAUUGAGGCAGAUGUUUUAUAACAAGCAGAUCCUUAUCUCGAGUGUGCUGAUUAUGAUCAGUAUUGGCGGAUUCAACUUCUUCGGCCUCUCAGUAACGAGGAGCGUGAGCGCGACCUCUCGAUCAACAAUCGACACAUGCCGCACCCUCUUCAUCUGGAUCGUCUCCCUCAGCCUUGGCUGGGAGCGCCUCGGACCAACAACACUGCUCCAAGUCGCCGGCUUCUGCCUCCUCGUCUACGGCACGUUCCUCUUCAAUGGUAUCGUGCAACCCCCACUACGUCGCUGCAUGGUCUCGGAGCCCAUCGAGGAACUGCUCCCAGAAGAACCAAUAGAGCAUCUCUGAGGCGGGACAUGAGGCUGAAAGGACGUCGUGGGUGAGGCGUCUGAUGCGGCGGUGAUGGGCACGGCCUAUCGGCACUGUGGACUUACGUGAUGAGCAUGGCGUGUGCCUCAUUUCACUUUUUACGAACACAUCUAGCGUGUUGGAGGGUGGUGGUACCAGGGGUCGUCAUCCUACUCUAACACACCGUCAGCCAAUAAAUCCUGCUCCCCCUCCGAACUGCAGAUUGGGCGCCGCAUUUUUGUUUUUUUGUUGCGUGAGGCUCGGAAACUGGGCGAUGAGUGAGAGGGUCGUAGUUGGAGUCCCUUACAUUUGUCCGCCGCUAGCUCGUUUCUCGUGCGUGUUGCUGGGGUUUGCACCACCGGACCUGCGAUACACCUACCUGCUGCCUCUCGUGACAUCGGAUGAGGCUUAUGAUUAGGCUAAGCAGGAGGGCGGGAGGAGUAGUAGCGUGACACUGUGCGCCGGCGCGAAGGAUGUACAUACAGUACAGUACAGUUACAACGCAUGCAACUGCAACUGCAACUGCAGCGUCUGGUGGAUGGGCGGCCACACCGGGGGGGAGGGCUGUUUUUUACUUACCUUUGACAAAGUUUGACAGGUUUUAAUAACUGGGUUAUAGCUGGGUUGUGCACGAGACGAGGUGGGUUGGUUUUGAGACCUUUUUCAGCCGCAGGGCAGGACGGGCGUGUUGGGUUGGGAUGGGGGGGGAUGUGAGGGACUUAAGCCGCACUUUGGGGCGCAGUGAUACGUACAUGGAUGGGAGCAACGGCGGG